AUGGCCAUCACCACUCCCUGUCUCAAUGCUACAGAAAAGAAACACUGGUGGCUCACAAAUCGCAAGAUUGUUGAGAAAUACAUCAAAGACGCACGAACCCUCAUUGCGACACAAGAGCGCAGCGAGAUUGUGUCAGCCCUGACUCUACUUGACGCGGCUCUUACUAUAUCUCCAUCCUCAGAUCAAGCUCUUGAGCUCAAAGCGAGAUCUUUGCUCUAUUUGAGAAGAUUCAAAGAUGUAGCAAAUAUGCUUCAGGAUUACAUUCCGAGUCUCAAAAUGGCUAACGAUGAUUCUGGCUCUGUUUCUUCUGAUGGCUCUUCUCAACAGCUUUCAAGAGAAGGCGUCAAGUUGUUAUCUUCAUCGGAUUCCUCUGAUCCAGAUCAGAGUUUCUUCAAGUGCUUCUCUGUCUCUGAUUUGAAAAAGCGAGUCAUGGCUGGUCUCUGCAAAAGUUCUGAUAAUGAAGGAUAUUGGAGAUACUUGGUUUUGGGGAAAGCUUGUUGCCAUUUAGGUCUAAUGGAAGAUGCAAUGGUUCUUCUUCAAACCGGAAAACGCCUCGCCAGUGACGCAUUCCGCCGCGAGAGUGUGUGUUGGUCCGACGACAGUUUUUCUCUAUGGAACACACCGUUUUCCGGUGAUGCUAUUUCGAUGCCCAUCGCAACCACUCCACCUCGAAGCCCUCUAUCAGAAUCUGAAACCGUGAACCAACUCAUCGCACACAUAAAGUUCCUCCUCCGUCGUCGCGCUGCCGCAAUCGCUGCCAUGGACGCUGGACUCCAUACGGAAGCAAUCCGUCACUUCUCAAAAAUCGUCGACGGCCGCCGUGGUGCUCCACAAGGAUUCCUCGCCGAAUGCUACAUGCACAGAGCCACUGCGUUUCGUUCGGCAGGUAGAAUCGCUGAUUCGAUCGCGGACUGUAACAGAACACUAUCACUGGAUCCUACAUGUAUUCAAGCACUCGAAGCUAGAGCCUCAAUUCUAGAAACCAUUCGUUCCUAUCAAGAUUGUCUUCACGAUCUCGAACACUUGAAGCUUCUAUACAACACAAUUCUACGUGAUCGGAAACUCGCCGGUCCAUUAUGGAAACGUCACAAUGUCCGUUACAAUGAAAUUCCAGGGAAAUUAUGCACACUAGCAGCGAAAAUUCAACAGCUGAAACAGAAAAUGGCAUCCGGUGAAACGCAUAAUGUGGAUUACUAUGCUUUAAUCGGUCUGCGACGCGGUUGUGGUCGCUCGGAGUUGCAACGGGCUCAUCUUUUGCUUUGUUUGAAGCAUAAACCAGAGAAAGCCACUUGUUUCAUCGAACGGUGUGAACUCGCUGAUGAACAUGAUCUUGAAUCAGUUAAAGAUAGAACUAGAAUGGCUUCUAUGUUGUUGUAUAGAUUGCUUCAGAAAGGUUAUUCAAGUGUUAUGAAUUCCAUUGUAGAAGAUGAAACUGCAGAGAAAGAGAAACAGAAGAAAAUGGCUUUUCAGUUGCAACAAACUUCUUCAAAUGCAAAUCCAAAUGUUAAUGCAAAUGUAAAGGCAAAUGUAAAUGUUAAUGCAAAUGUACAUUCAGUUGAAGUGUUUGAAGAGAAAAGUAGAGCUGAAAAAAUGGAGGAAAAGUUUGCGAUGUCUUCGCCAAGCAUUGCAAAUCCAACGGUGUUUCAAGGAGUGUUUUGCCGUGAUCUAACGGUGGUAGGGAACUUGCUUUCUCAAAGGUUUAGUAGUAGGUCAAUUCCGGUCAAAUACGAGGCUCUUAGUUGUUGA